AUGCUGCAUACGAGGGUCGUUUUGAGAUCAAAGGUAUGGUGGCCCCGUAUCGAUAAAGACGUAGAACAAUUAGUAAAGGCCUGUAAAGGUUGUGCGUUAGUGGGUUUGCCAAACCCACCUGCACCAAUGAAAAGACGAGAGUUGCCUGCAGCUCCAUGGAUAGAUGUCACAAUAGAUCUAAUGGGACCAUUGCCAAGUAACGAGUAUCUGUUAGUAGUGGUCGACUACUAUAGUCGAUACAAAGAAGUAAACAAUUACAAAAACAUCACAAGCUUACAGAUUAUUAAAAUGGUAAAAGAAAUGUUCAGUAGACUUGGUUAUCCUAUUUCUAUCACCGCAGACAAUGGCAAGCAGUUCGUUAGUGAAGAGUUUCGAUCUUUCUGA